AGAGUGUAUGUGGGACAUGUGUUUGUCCACAUCUCUGGAGGAGUGUCCUGUAAGUGACCUUGAUCUAAACACACCGGCAGCAGCAGAUAAACUGGAAGCAGCUUGCUGCAUUACAGCAGAUUUCAUCUGAUGCUUGUGUGAUUGACUGGAGGAUCUGUGUGCAGUGUUGAAUAUGGCAUCGGUUCUGCAGAAGCUCAUCACUCCUCUGUUCAGCGGGCCGGUCGAGCCGCCGAGGAACAAAGUGACGGUGGUCGGUGUGGGACAGGUCGGCAUGGCCUGCGCCGUCAGCAUUCUGCUGCGGGAUCUGGUGGAUGAGCUGGCGCUGGUGGACGUCAUAGAGGACAAACUGAAGGGUGAGAUGAUGGACUUACAGCACGGAAGCCUCUUCCUGAAGACACCCAAGAUCGUCUCAGGCAAAGAUUACUCGGUGACGGCCAACUCUCGUAUCGUGGUGGUGACGGCAGGCGUCCGUCAGCAGGAGGGCGAGAGCAGACUGAAUCUGGUGCAGAGAAACGUCAACAUCUUCAAACACAUCAUCCCGCAGAUCGUCAGACACAGUCCCAACUGCAUCCUCAUCGUCGUGUCCAACCCCGUGGACGUUUUGACAUACGUGACCUGGAAGCUGAGCGGCCUGCCCAAGCAUCGCGUCAUCGGCAGCGGGACCAACCUGGACUCGGCUCGCUUUCGGUACCUGAUGGCUGAGAGGUUGGGCAUCCAUCCCAGCAGCUUCAACGGAUGGAUUCUGGGAGAACAUGGCGACUCCAGCGUUCCUGUCUGGAGCGGCACUAAUGUGGCGGGAGUCAGUCUGCAGAAACUCAAUCCAGAGAUCGGCAAAGACACUGACAGAGAGAACUGGAAAGAAACACACAAGAAGGUUGUAGACAGCGCCUAUGAGGUGAUCCGACUGAAAGGUUACACUAACUGGGCCAUCGGACUGAGUGUGGCCGACCUGACAGAGAGUCUCAUGAAGAACCUCAACCGAGUCCAUCCCGUGUCCACCAUGGUGAAGGGUAUGUACGGCAUCGGCGACGAGGUCUACCUGAGCCUGCCGUGCGUGUUGAACAGCGCUGGAGUGGGCAGCGUGAUCAACAUGACCCUGACCAGCGACGAGGUCUCGCAGCUGAAGAAGAGCGCAGACAUGCUGUGGCACAUCCAGAAAGACCUGAAAGACCUGUAAAGCUAACUCACAAGCAAUAGCUAUUACUCACAGCAUCGAAUGUGUGAUUGCUGCUUUUUUUUGUAAUAUCUUAGUAAUAGUAUGUUCUUGAAAUAAUCUUUCAAAUGAUUUAGGGAUUUGAAAUAAUGUAUGGAAAGGAAUAGUUUACCCAAAAAUGCAAUUGGCUGAAAAUAUACUUGCUCUCAGGACAUCCAAGAUGUAGAUGAGUUUGUUUCUCGCUUAGAUUUGGAGAAAUGUAGCAUUACAUCACGUGCUCACCAAUGGAUGUGAAUGGGUGCCGUCAGAAUGAGAGUCCAAACAGCUGAUUAAAAACAUCACAGUAAUCCACAAUCCAGCGAUUAAAGGUCUUAAUGAUAGAUUUGUUUCUUACGAACACAGCUUUUGGCUUCAGAAUAUGUUAAUUGUUGGACUGGAGUGGUGUGGAUUACUUGUGAGGUUUUUAUCAGCUGUUUGGACUCUCAUUCUGACGGCACCCAUUCACAUCCAUUGGUGAGUAAGUGAUGCAAUGCUACAUUUCUCCAAAUCUGAUGAAGAAACAAACUCAUCUACAUCUUGUAUGGCCUGAGGGUGAAUAAAUAAUUGCCAAAUUUAUUUUUUUUUGGGUGAACCGUUUCUUUCAAACAAUCAGGAAUUACAUAAACGCAUGAUUGUCAGAUUAGCACUUUGUGUGAAAACAGAUCUUGACGGUGAAAUAUAGCAAAUAUUAUACACUACAAAUCAAACGUUUGGACACACUUGACUGAACAGAUGAUUUUUGUGAUCUUAACUUUUUGAUCUAAAAAAUAGAAUUGGACUUUGCAUCAUUUUUUUUAUUCAAAAAGUUAAUGCAUUUCAGCAGACUGAUGUAAUGAUAUCAGAAACUCCCGAUACAACACAGUAUGAUAUUUAUUGUGAUCAUUUAAAAAAAAAAAAAAAUGAAUGAAGAAUUGAGGAAAAAAUGAAUUAUUGUACAAUUUAAGGUUAAAUUAUUCUGUCUAACGCACUUUGAGAGUUCAAAAUUAAGAGAUUCAACCCAUGUUUUUAACUAAGAAAACUUAAGUCAGAAAAAAAGUCAGUGAAUUGACUUGUACCUGAACUUGAAAGGGCAAAAUCCUCUUUUUAUUUAUGAUAUACUGUCCCUGUGUAAAUUACAUUCACAUUCAUAUUAUUUUCAAAUUAGAAAAUAAUAAUAAUAACAACAACAAUAACAGGAAUAGUCAUAUAUUGUGAAACAAUUACACUAAAAUGAAUAAAAAUGAAUAUUUCAUAGGUAUAUUAUUUUUGCUUUACAGUAGGGAAAUUACACUACUUCGUUCCUAAUUUCUCUUUCUCUGCUUUGAAAGAGAUAUUUUGAAUUUGGACAGCAUUAAAAACACUAGCUGUCAGCAAUUCAUACUGCACUUUGUUUAUUUUGACGGAAACGGCAGUAGAGCUUUUAUUUUGAAGGAAAACUCCAGCUUCAGUGAAAACAUUCAAUUUUAAAAACUACACUUUUUGCCCAUAAGACUUAUUGUUUAAUAUCAUGACGUGACCACGAUAAUAUCGAGCGUUUUGCUAUUGCGAUAUUAACAAUACCGUUACAUCCAUAACCAUCGAGCAUUUAUACUACAUGUUCAGGUGUUUUAAAGCAUCCCAUAAUGCACUUCAUGAGACUCCAUAAUGAUCAUAGCUUGAUUCUAGACAAAGAAACUGAAAUGUGAGUUUAUUUUUUCAUUUGUGUUAUGUUUUGAUCAGUAAAUGUGAAAAAUAGUCAUGAAUAACUUUUAGAAAGUGUGUCCAAACGUUUGAUUGACAUUGUUACACUUCCAACUAACUGUUGGAACAGGAACUACUCAAUGUACUCACUACAUGUAUAAUGAAAGUGCAAAGUGUAAGCAAUAUAUGCUAGCAAUAUAUACAAUUUUUGUUUAGUAUUUGCACCAAGCACUUAUAUAAGCCUGUGAAUGUGAUGUUUAUCAAAGACAAGUAGACCCGUCAAGGAUAUAAUCCAUUUAUUAAACAGGAUCUUUGUCGGUAAAAAUUUACAUUAGUCUCACAUUUGAAGUAUUUACAAAUACUUAAACAAGUCAGUCAUGUAUUACAACAGCAUGUCACGAAUUUUCCUCGUGAACACGAAGAAUGAAACAGUCUCCGCUCCACUAGGUGGAGCUCGUGUGGAAAGUCCAAAUUAGAUUUUGACAAAUAAAAAGAGCAAAACAGAACAGUUGGCACAUAAAAGCGCAAUAAAAAACAGUAACGACUUCA